GACCCUUUACCAUACCGACCUCUCCCGCCCGUUUCACUGUUCGAUUUUUUCAAAUUUUCGAUUCUUUCCAUCAUUGCGCCUUUGGUUUUGUUCUGUGUUCCGUUCUCUAUUCCUUCUCUACAACGCACGCUUGUGUUGCUGUCGGCUAUGGCGGCAGCGACGCCGGGCGCUGACGCUGUCGAGAAAGAUGGCUCACAUCGAACGGCCGGCGUUAUCCGCCCGAUCGAUCGAGCGGCGAUCCACAGGAUCUGCUCAGGACAGGUGGUCCUUGACCUGGCCACAGCGGCCAAAGAGCUGGUCGAGAACAGUCUCGAUGCCGGGGCUACCAACCUGGAGCUUCGACUCAAGGAGUACGGAGCUGACAUGGUCGAGGUUGCAGAUAAUGGCUGUGGAGUGGCGCCCGAAAAUUAUCAGGGUUUGACUCUCAAGUACCACACGUCGAAGAUAUCUGACUUUUCGGAUCUCGAGAGGUUGACUUCUUUCGGAUUCCGAGGGGAGGCGCUGAGCUCGCUGUGCGCGCUGGCAGAUGUCACAGUGGUGACUCGAACAGCCGACCUGGCAGCCGGUGCCAAGCUGGAGUUUGACCACUCCGGUCUGUUGGUAUCCCAGUCGCCCGUCGCCCGAUCGGUCGGGACCACGGUCUCCGUCUCGCGAAUCUUCUCAACCCUCCCUGUUCGCCACAAGGAGUUUACCAGGAACAUUCGCCGAGAGUACUCCAAGCUUUUGGCGCUUCUUCAGGCCUAUGCCAUCAUCAGCAAAGGGGUGCGGAUCUUCUGCUCCAAUCAGACCGGAAAGAGCGGGAAAACGACAGUGAUGAAGACACAGGGAGGGGAGAGCUUGCGCGAGAAUCUGGUCUCAGUUUUCGGAACGAAGAUGGUCAAUGUUAUGGACCCCAUCGAAGUUCGCCUGUCGGAUGACUGCCACGUGGAGGGGUUUAUCUCAAAGCCGGGGGUGGGGUCUGGACGUGCGUCGGCAGACCGCCAGUUCUUCUACAUCAACGGGAGGCCGGUGGAUCUGCCACGUGUUGGCAAAGUGCUCAACGAAACCUAUCGAGCGUUCAAUUCCCAGCAACUGCCAAUGGCGGUGCUGAACUUCGUCCUGCCAAAGAAUUCUUAUGACGUCAACGUCACUCCCGACAAGAGAAAAGUCUUCAUGCACACUGAAGCUGCCUUAAUUGCCGCCCUCAAAGCCAAGCUGGACUCCGUUUAUUCGUCAAAUCUCUUUGCUUACCCUGUGUCGCAAUCGACGGACAAUAGGAUGUUAUGGCCGGGAGGCCAGCAGUCGACUCAACAAUCGGGAUCCCCAUCAUCAUCAUCGUUUCGGAUGCAUGGAUCAGCAGAAGAUCGGGAUGCGGAUGAAGGAAGGAAUGGCGAUGCCCCAGGAGGGGGAGGUGAAUUUCUAUCCCGAUCCCAAUGCCAAUCCCAAUCUCAAGGUCAACGGUUCGAAGCAGACGGUGAUGGACGGCUGCAAUGCGGAUCGCUGCCGACUGGCAGGCGACGGAGGUCGUUGUGGUCCGGAGGGGAGGGGGAGGGGGAGGAGGAGGAAGUUGAUGCCGACUGCGCUGUCGACAGAAGAAAAGAGGAAAUCGGAAGAACUAGGGGGAGAAAAAGAGGUCGCUUUUCCGAUGAUGAUGUUGAUAUACGGUCUGGUUCUGUGAGGGGUGCUGUUGCUUCUACUGCUGCUGCUGGAGAUGAUGAUGAUUGCCGUUGUAUAUUGAAUGAUCAAAGUGAUGGAGAAGAGGGAGGGAAGAAAAAGGAACAUGAAGAUGGUGGUGGCCGGAAUCACGAGGAUGAGGUUAUGGAAGAAGAAGGAAGGGAGGGAAGAGGAAGAGGAGGGAUAGGGGGAGGAGGGAGAAAUGCACGAGGAGGAGGAGGAGGAGAGGGUGGUGGUCGGUUGCUCCAUGGUGAUGCAGCUGAGGGUAGAGUAGUAAGAGAGGGGGCAGAAGGAGGGAUGAGCUGGACGGAAGGAGGGCAGGAAGGGGAGAAGGAAGAGGAGUUGGAUGACGAGGAGGAGGUCGGGAUGCACACGCCUGCCAAAUCUGCUCAUCGAGACUUAAACUCUUUCUCUUGUACCACUCGGCCGUCACCUGCAGCUGCGGGAGCCGGGAUAGGGACUGGAAAGCCAUUUAGUUCGAGUCCAUUGGCAAAAGGAGUAGGAGGGUUCGGUAUGAGGAAGAUGGGAGUCGGAAUUGGGACUGGGACGCCAUCGUCGUUGAUUGGGGGGGAGAGAUCUGCCGGCGCGGGACGAGGGAAAGGAAAGGGAGGAGGAGCUGUACAAGUCUCCCUCGGAAAUUUCUUUGCCCGAAAAGGUGGUGGUCCUUCUACUGGGUUUGGUACUCGAGGAGGAGGAGGAGGAGGAGGAGGAGGAGGAGGAGGAGGAGGAGGGGGGUUGACAAGGGCUAGAACAAACAGUGGUGGAACAGGACGUCAGGCCAGUAGUGAUGUCGGAGCGAAGACAAGAAUUGACGGGCAAGAAGAAGAGGAGAGAGAUGAGGAAGAGGAGGAGGAGGAGAAGGAGGAGAUCCUUCAGGGACAUAGACGUAACUUGGACAGUUAUGGAGGCGAUCACCCACAUGAAGAAGGCCAAAGGAGAGCUCUUGGGGAUGACGGAGCCAUCAAAACAACACUGAGGGCACGAGCAGCACCUGGUGCGGAGCAGUUUUCUGGUUCGGAAGGUAUUGAAGAAAUACCAGAAGCGGAGGGAAAUGACGGGAGACAAACGAAGGCAGCAGCAGAGGAGGAGGGAGUGGAGAAGACGGAGAUCAUUGUGGAAUUCGAUAUUGAGAAGCUGCGACAGCGAAGGAUGAGGGCAAGGCAGGAACGGGGAGUUGCUGAUGCUGAUGCAUCGGCGGGGGAAAAAACGGAAAAGGGCAUGGUGGUUGGCGGAAGGACGAGGGAGGAGAUGAACGAUGGCGGAGGGGGGAGGGAGGAAGUGACAGAUGGCAGUUCAAAAUUGCGGAGGGAGGAGGGAGUGGAUGGUGGUUGUUGGAGGGAGGAGGAAGGAAAUGAAAGAUGGGGGUUGAAAAUGGCGGAGGGAGGAGGGAGGGCAUGGUGGUUGGUGGAGCGGACGAGGGAGGAGAUGAACGAUGGUGGAGGGAGGAGGGAGGAGAUGGAAGAUGGUGGAGGGAGGAGGGAGGGGAUGGCGGAGGGAGGACGCCGAAGAUGGGGGAGGAAGAUGAUGGCGGGAGGUGGAGGGGAUGGAGGAAGAUGGGGGAGAAAGAAGAUGGCGAGAGGUGGAGAGGAUGAGGGAAGUUGGGUUGACGUGGAGGGAGGAAGGACGGGAGAUGGCAGAGGGAGCAAGGAGGAGGGAGAAGGGAGGAGGUUGUGGAGAAAGAUGAUGGCGGGAGGUGGAGGGGAUGAGGGAAGUUUCAUUGUGCGCACGCACCCUGCGCUGUGCGGCUUGCGCCGCAGGUGCGUGGCGCCGUGCAUCGUGAUGCGCCGCAGGUGUUUUGCGGAAGCAUCAGUUGACCCGGUGAACUUGGCAGUUGGAGGAGGGACGGAUGCCGGAAAGGAGGCUUCGUUGGUCGCAGCUACAAGGGAGCUCGAGCGUGUCUUUCGUAAGGAGGAUUUCAAGCGAAUGAAGAUCAUUGGGCAGUUCAACCUGGGCUUCGUUUUGGCAAAGCUCGAUCAAGACCUGUUUAUUAUCGAUCAGCAUGCAUCGGAUGAGAAGUUCAACUUCGAGAGGCUAUCAAUGACAACAGUACUUAAUCGUCAACCCCUACUCAGACCCUUGCCUCUGGAGAUCACACCUGGGGAGGAGGUUACGGUUCUAUCACACAUGGAGACGUUCAGGAAGAAUGGGUUUGACUUUGCGGUGAAGAAUGACCGGCCCCCAGGACAGCGCCUUCAGCUUAUAAGCGUUCCAUUCAGCAAGAACAUUGUCUUUGGUUUAGGUGAUGUACAGGAGCUAAUUGCGAUGCUUGCAGAUGAGCCAGUGCCUUUAUCUGCAACGCCAGGCAUCGAUGAGCCGAUGCUGGAGGUUGACAGUGGUGAAGCAGUGGAAAACGACGGUUCUCUUGGGCAGAGAAGCGAACAGGAAAUGGCAGUGUCAAGGGAAAUUUCGAAAACAUCGUCUUACGUGAAGGCCAAAGACGGGUGUAGUAAGAACUGUAUACCAUCUGUCCGGCCUUCGAAAAUUCGUGCGAUGCUGGCAUCUCGGGCAUGCAGGUCAUCAGUCAUGAUUGGAAUGCCGCUCAAUGUGAAUCAGAUGGCAAAGAUAGUGGAACAUCUUGCAGAUCUUGAAUCUCCGUGGAAUUGCCCGCAUGGACGGCCUACAAUGCGCCACCUAGUGGAUCUGUCGACAGUCAAGCGUAGCUGUGGAUCUGAUGUCUGCAGCACGUGGACUUGAUGCUGACCAGGUGAAGUCAUUUGCAUCGACCGUCCCUUCUACCAAAUAAUUGCGAUUUCAGAGGCACACCUAGUGCAGGAUGGCAUGACGCAGUCCACCUUAAGAGAUGCAAGGUCACACUUACAUGAUCUUAACUCAUCUGAAUUGAUAGUGUUGUGGGGCUAGCUGGAUGCACACCUUUCUCUGCAGUUGUUAUGCCUCUCUCACAUUGAGCUGUACAGUCCUCUUUCAGGUACGACUCCAGAAUCGCUCUUGUUCAGUUCCAGUAUGAGACGUUAGGGGUGCUACCGUCUUUCCCCGUAUGGUCAUUAUGGCUGCAUCUAGACUGAAAGGUAUGCCAAACGCUGCUAUAGUGACCGUACGUUCUUUUUGGGGAAAGAUGGUAGACCUGUGAAUCACACUCUUGAAGUUGGGUGCUGUAUUUUUUUACCAGGGCCUACUUCAUGUCCCUCACGUCUCACUUUCCUUUGUUCUGUUCCAGGAUAAGAUGCUAGGGUACUAGAAAGAUGCUAGGGUACUACUAGAAAGAUGCUAGGGUACUAUACUUUUUGAGUUACUUUCUUGGAGUUAGUGUGAUGUGAUAUUUCUUUCAGGGGCUUAUUUGUUUCCUUGACAUCCAUACACCAUGUUCUUUAAAAGUUUUUUCUUUUUUUUUUAAGAGGCUUUAGGGUAGCAAAUUUGUACAUGUGUUGGAUUACGGAUUUAGUUACAGGCCCAAAUGCAGUCCAUGUCUGGACAUGUUUCCGUCCAGAUAUGGAAUUGUACUUCGUCGAACUUUUGUUGGCGGUGCAGCAGCCUUGGUUUGAGGAAUUUUUAUGUGCAAUAGGGCAUCGAAAAGGAUGUAGUUGAACCGUUGAAGACAUAAGGGAAUUGGUCAAGCUCAGGACGGCGGAAGAGUAGAAGCUUGAGUUGUCCCGCAGAUUGGGAUAAAGUAGAAAUCUUUCA